AUGCUGCGCACCUCCAUCCGGGCGCUCCAGAGCGCUGCGGCCUCGUCGUCACGAUGCUUCUCAACAGCCACGAUCUCGGCCCGUGCCAACCUGCGGCCCGCUGCGGCCCGCCGUCCGCUCGCCAUCGCCGCCCAAAAACGCUUCGAGAGCGCUCUCCACAACCCGCCUGACUCCAAUGACAACUUCUUGUCCGGGAAUACCGCCAAUUACAUUGAUGAGAUGUAUCUGCAGUGGAAGCAGGACCCCGAAAGCGUCCACGUCUCAUGGCAGGUCUACUUCAAGAAUAUGGAGAGCGGGGAGAUGCCCAUCUCCCAGGCAUUUACCCCGCCGCCGUCUCUCGUGCCCGGCACCCAGGCCGUCGUGGGCCUUGCCGCGGGCGCUGGUAUCGGCAUUGGCGAGGGCUCCGACGUCGACAACCAUCUCAAGGUCCAGCUCCUCGUGCGUGCCUACCAGGCCCGCGGGCACCACAAGUCCAAGAUCGACCCCCUCGGCAUCCGCAAUGCCUCCAAGGGCUUCGGCAACAUCCGCCCCAAGGAGCUUGAGCUCGACUACUACCAGUUCACAGAGAAGGACCUUGACACCGAAUACACCCUCGGCCCGGGCAUCCUUCCUCGUUUCAAGCGAGACGGCCGCGAGAAGAUGACUCUGCGUGAGAUUGUUGCGGCUUGCGAGAAGAUCUACUGCGGUUCGUACGGCGUCGAGUUCAUCCACAUCCCCGACCGCGAAAAGUGCGACUGGCUGCGCGAGCGCGUUGAGGUGCCUCAGCCCUUCAAGUACUCCAUCGACGAGAAGCGCCGUAUCCUUGACCGUCUUAUCUGGAGUUCCAGCUUCGAGUCCUUCUUGUCAACCAAAUACCCUAAUGAUAAGCGCUUCGGCCUCGAGGGCUGCGAGACUCUCGUGCCGGGCAUGAAGGCCCUAAUUGACCGCAGCGUCGACUACGGUGUCAAGGACAUCGUCAUCGGCAUGCCGCAUCGCGGCCGUCUAAACGUGCUCAGCAACGUCGUCCGCAAGCCCAACGAGUCCAUUUUCAGCGAGUUCGCCGGGUCUCCGGGCGCCGAGGACGAGGGCUCUGGUGACGUCAAGUACCACUUGGGUAUGAACUUUGAGCGUCCCACGCCCUCUGGAAAGCGCGUGCAGCUGUCCCUAGUCGCCAAUCCGUCCCAUCUUGAGGCCGAGGACCCCGUCGUGCUCGGCAAGGUGCGCGCCAUCCAGCACUACAACAAUGACGAAGCGACGCACCGCAGCGCCAUGGCCGUUCUUCUCCACGGUGAUGCGGCUUUCGCGGCCCAGGGCGUCGUCUACGAGUGUCUCGGCUUCCACUCGCUCCCGGCCUUCUCCACCGGUGGCACGAUCCACCUCGUCGUCAACAACCAGAUCGGCUUCACCACCGACCCGCGUUACUCCCGCUCGACCGCGUACUGCACUGACAUCGCCAAGGCCAUCGACGCUCCCGUCUUCCACGUUAACGCCGACGACGUCGAGGCCGUCAACUUCGUGUGCCAACUUGCGGCCGACUGGCGGGCCGAGUUCAAGCAGGACGUCAUCAUCGACAUGGUGUGCUACCGCAAGCACGGCCACAACGAGACAGACCAGCCCUCGUUCACGCAGCCCCUGAUGUACAAGCGCAUCCAGGACAAGAACCCCCAGAUCGAGAUUUACGUCGAGCAGCUCCUCAAGGAAGGCACCUUCACCAAGGAAGACGUUGAGGAGCACAAGCAGUGGGUCUGGGGCAUGCUCGAGGAAAGCUUCUCUAAGUCCAAGGACUACCAGCCCACCUCCAAGGAGUGGACCACCAGCGCCUGGAACGGUUUCAAAUCGCCCAAGGAGCUGGCCACUGAGGUGCUGCCGCACAACCCGACGGGCGUCGACCGCAAGACGCUCGAGCACAUCGCCGAGGUCAUUGGCACCGCGCCCGAGGGGUUCAACGUGCAUCGCAACCUGAAGCGCAUCUUGUCUAACCGCACAAAAUCGGUCGUCGAGGGCACGAACAUCGACUGGUCGACGGCCGAGGCGCUGGCGUUCGGCACGCUCGUGACCGAGGGCCACCACGUCCGCGUGUCGGGCCAGGAUGUCGAGCGCGGCACCUUCUCACAGCGCCACUCGGUCUUCCACGACCAGGAGACUGAGGACACGUAUACCCCGCUCCAAAACAUCAGCAAGGACCAGGGCAAGUUUGUCAUUUCCAACUCGUCGCUCAGCGAGUUCGGCGCGCUCGGCUUCGAGUACGGCUACUCGCUGACUGACCCCAACGGCUUCGUCAUGUGGGAAGCCCAGUUUGGCGACUUCGCCAACAACGCGCAGUGCAUCAUCGACCAGUUCAUCGCCUCGGGCGAACAAAAGUGGAUGCAGCGUACCGGUCUCGUCAUGUCGUUGCCCCACGGCUACGACGGCCAGGGUCCUGAGCACUCGUCCGGUCGUCUCGAGCGUUUCCUGCAGCUCUGUAACGAGGACCCCCGUGUCUUCCCGUCGCCUGAGAAGCUGCAGCGCCAACAUCAGGACUCAAAUGUCCAGGUUGCCUAUAUGAGCACGCCUGCUAACCUGUUCCACAUCCUCCGCCGCCAAAAUCACCGGCAGUUCCGCAAGCCCCUCAUCCUCUUCUUCUCCAAGUCGCUCCUCCGCCACCCGCUGGCGCGCUCCAGCAUUGAAGAAUUCACCGGCGACUCUCAGUUCCAAUGGGUCAUCGCCGACCCGGCGCACGAGUCCGGCGUCAUCAAGCCGCAUGACGAGGUGGACCGCGUCAUCCUCUGCACGGGGCAGGUCUACGCCGCCCUGCAUAAGUACCGCGCCGACAACAACAUCGACAACGUCGCCAUCACCCGCAUUGAACAGCUCCACCCCUUCCCCUGGGAACAGCUACGCGAGAACCUCGAUCUGUACGCCAACGCCAAGACGAUCGUCUGGGCCCAGGAGGAGCCGCUGAAUGCGGGUGCCUGGAGCUACACCCAGCCGCGUAUCGAGACGCUGCUCAACCAGACGCAGUACCAUGACCGCAAGCAUGUCAUGUAUGCGGGCCGUAACCCUAGUGCGUCAGUGGCGACGGGUUUGAAGAAGUCGCAUGCCAAGGAGGAGCAUGAUCUGUUGGAGAUGGCAUUUUCCGUAAAGCAGGAUAAGCUGAAGGGGGAGUAG